AACCAUUUUGUAAAGCUCUUGAAAGUUCAUUGAUUUUACAUUCAAAUAGUAUACAAUAUUUUAAAAUGACCAAACAACCCACCACAGAAUUUCUUUCAUCUUUAGUAAAUUUAAAAACAUUAGAAUUGGAUGAUAGUCGUUAUAGGUCAUGGAAAUGUUUAGGAAACGUAUCUUUACCUUACUUACAAAGUUUAAAAACUAGUAGAGUUCCGAUCAAUGUUUUAAUAAAGUUAAUAGAAAAUACCAAUGGAUAUCUUACUGAGAUAAAAAUUGAUAGAGUACGACAUGACGCGAAUAAUAACAAGAAAAUUAUCAAAGCUAUUUAUCAAAAUUGUCCAAUGCUUAAAUAUCUCAAAUUAUUGUUCAUAAAUAGUAACCUUUUAGAAUUAGAAAAUUUGUUAAUCUAUUGUCAAUAUUUAAAGGGUUUAUAUAUUAUUUUUGAAGAUGCUUGGGUUAAUUAUUUUACGAUUGAUUGGAAUCAUUUAUUCAAAAUUUUGACUGAAUCAUCACCAAUUGGUUUGUUUAAAUUUAAAUUUUAUUGUUUUUGUAUACCUAGAUUAGAAGCUUUAAAACUAUUUUUUGAUAAUUGGAAAGGUAAACAUCCAAUGUUAUUACAAACAACACCAUUAAGUAAUAGUUGUUAUGAUUUAAUAGAAAAGUAUAAAGUGGAAGGUGUGAUUAAAAAAUUUAGUUGUAGUUUACAUGAUCUUAAAGAUGAUGAUUUUGAAUGGAAUUAAUAGAAUUAAUAAUAGAUUUUAUAUAGAUUUCUUUCUCUCUCUCUUUUUUUUCUUUUUUAGUAUAUUUUUCACAUAAAUUUCUUAUAGAACAUUAUGAAAUAAAUAAAUUUGAUAUUUUAUAUAUAAGGCGAUAUAAAGUUAAAAAAUUGGUUCUCAUAUCAAAAUUUGCUUCAAUUUAACCCGGCCGCACGGCCUUUUAUUUUUUUUUUAGAAUAAAAUUUUUUU